ACCCAUAUUACCUACGUGGUUCGUCCCAGCGCUUCCGUUCUCCAGCGUAACGCACAGGGUUUGACCAUUAGAGAAACAGACAGAGAGAGGGACGGAGAAAGAAAGAGAGCGAGGGAGGAGGCGAUCGUGCUUCUUUUCUCGAGGAAUACUAGACAGAGCCUACUAAAGGGAAGAAGAAAGGCUGCUGUGCUCUGGAGGCUUGUGACCUGCCAUUAGCGCAAGUCCUUCACUACCACAUGAAGAAAGAUUCGCAUUUUUAAUCGAUAUACUCACGUGGACGCUUGCUGGACGAAGAUUCUUGCAUCAGCGAGGAAAUCCAUGGGUUCACAGAGCAGAAUCUCGUGAGCUACACAAUUGGAAUAUAUUUGACAUUCAAAGGGAAGUUCGCUAUAUUUGAACUGACACGAGCGUAUUACCGUUUCAGGGAUUUGUAAAACUGUCUUGCAUCGGAAUUUAAGGCCUCGCGGUCGCAGUAGUUCUCAGGCCCCUCUGACAUGGCGGACAGCGAAGACACCUUUCGGCUCCAAAACUCUCCCAGUGACACCGAUUCAAAAGAAUUACAAAACAAUAGUAAAUCAGACAAGCAGAAUGGAGUCGUUAGCGAAUCUCCGUCAUCACAGACAACUUACAUUCAACAGGGAAUGGAAGGGAUAAAAGUUUACUUACACGAGCGAGAGUUGUGGACAAAGUUUCAUGAAGUGGGAACUGAAAUGAUCAUCACCAAAGCAGGGAGGCGGAUGUUCCCAAGCUUCAAAGUGAAGGUCACCGGGUUGAACCCAAAAACUAAAUACAUUCUGCUGAUGGAUGUUGUGCCAGCGGACGACCACCGCUAUAAAUUCGCCGAUAACAAAUGGUCUGUGACAGGGAAAGCAGAACCUGCGAUGCCGGGAAGGCUGUACGUCCAUCCAGAUUCUCCAGCCACUGGAGCGCACUGGAUGCGGCAACUGGUGUCUUUCCAGAAGCUUAAAUUAACAAACAACCACCUUGAUCCCUUCGGACAUAUUAUCCUGAAUUCCAUGCAUAAAUAUCAACCGAGGAUCCACAUCGUGAAGGCAGAUGAAAAUAACGGAUUUGGAUCCAAAAACACCGCUUUCUGCACUCAUGUGUUCCCAGAAACGGCUUUCAUUGCAGUCACAUCUUACCAAAACCAUAAGAUCACCCAGCUGAAGAUCGAGAACAAUCCCUUUGCGAAAGGCUUUCGUGGAAGUGAUGAUAUGGAGCUGCAUCGCAUGUCAAGACUUCAGAGCACCAAGGAGUAUCCGGUGGUCCCUCGCAGUACUGUACGUCAGCGGGUUGGCACCAGCCAGAGUCCGUUCGGCAGUGAUGUCCAAGGUCUGUCUGCUCCUACCGCCAUGAGCUCACAGUACACCUGUGAGAACGGGGUCACGAGCACAUCCCAGGACAUGCUUCCUCAAUCAAGCUCUUACCCGCUGCCCCAUGAACACAGCCAAGACUAUCACUGCAUUAAGAGGAAAGUUGAGGACGACCGUCACACAGGAGAACACUCGUACAAGAAGACCUACGUGGAAAGCUCAUCUAGUGAGGACGAUCACUACUAUCGACCUGUUAGCUACUCUCAGUCUCUGGGUCUUAACGGCGCUCCCUACAGGGCCGAGUCUGGCCAGCGGCAAGCGUGCAUGUAUGCCAGCACAUCGCAAUCCACCGAGCCCAUGCCCAGCCUGGAAGACAUCAGCUGCAACACCUGGGCGGGCGUUUCACCUUACGGCGGCUGCUCGGUGACGACCAUGCAGCAGAUGGAGCGACUGCCCUACCAGCACUUCUCAGCUCACUUCACCUCAGGAACCCUCGUGUCCAGAUUGAGCGGCGUCGCAGGCCAUGCCUCACCACAGCUGGGUGACACCCAUGCAAUGUACCAGGGUUCCAUGUCCCAUCAGUCGCUGGGCCGCCAGUGUAGUCCGAGUGCAGGAAUUCAGUCGCCAACUGCCGGCCUGCAGGGCAACGAGUACUUGUACACUCAUAGUAUACCCCGCAACCUGUCCCCACACCAGUACCACACCGUGCACAGCGUAAGCAUUAUGCCUGACUGGAAUGAGAGCAGCUAACUGGAUUCUCUCAAGCAGCAUAAGAGGAGGCAGGGUGCUUUUCUGCAUAUUUAUAUUUUUUACAUUUACGCUGCCUUUGAGAGCUUGUGGCAUAAACUUGUGUCAUAAACAGUUUGAGGCAAGUUCAACUGGCUCAGGCAGCAAUGAAUGUCUCAUUGUUUGAGCAGGACAGUAACAUGAGACAUGUAUUUCCAUGAUACAGACUGUAUAUCAGGGACAAAGAACUAUUCCCAUUCAAUGCAAAGACAAAUGCACAAGGAUUGCAACAGAUUUAUUGACAAACCUUUUAUUGAAAAAAGGAUGACAUAAUAUUUGAAGAACCCAGUCCAGUUUUAUAGUACAUUUUUCAUUUCAUUAUCUGAGUUGUUUUAACUUUGUACUUUAAAAGUAUGAGGCAAUAUAUUAUAGAACAAAUGUUUGGGAUCUUAUGCUUGAUGGUUUCUUUAAACCUGUAUGGGAAUCUGGUCAGUGAGCACCAUUUGUCUCUAAAAUCACAGCAGAGCGGUGCUGAUUAUUAGCUAGUCAAGACAAACACAUUUUGGUGUUGCAGAU